UUCAUAUCAAACUGAAAUUAGGAGAUCCAUGCAGGGAAAGCAGUAAAGAACGGUAACUCUGUCAAACAAUGGCAGAUAGACUGACACAACUUCAAGAUGCUGUUAAUCAGCUUGCAGACCAUUUUUGUAACAGUAUAGGAGUGCUGCAGCAGUGCUCACCUCCCAGCAAGUUUGAUGGCUUCGACAAGCAGCCAGGAAAGUCUCCAUCAGAAAUCCAGCAAGAAGACUAUGCAAUAACAUUUGCAAAACUAAUUGCCAGAACAGCCAAGGACAUUGACACUUUAAUUGAUUCCUUACCAAGUGAGGAAUCGUCUCAUAAAGUCCAGUUGGAGAGUUUACGGCGUUUGGAGGCGGAGAACCAAGAGGAAGCCAGAAAACUGGAGGAGGUGGUCAGCCAUGGAGAGGAAUUACUGGACCGUAUCCAGGAGGCCCUGCGGGAGAUUGCGCAAUGUCAGCUACGGUGUCAGGCCAUGGAGACAGACACCUGAGACAGCUGUCCAGUUGUCCAUAUUUUGGUAAAAAAGGAACAACCUGUGUGUGUACAUGUGGAAUGGUUUUGGUCCAAGAUAAUUUGUCACGGGAAAAGCAGGAGAGGUUUUAGAAUCUCUGUUGAAGACAUAUAGUUAUCUUUAACUAUAAUAUUGUAAAAUGCAUAUUAUAUCAAAGUUGCUUGAAACAAACUGAAACUUGUUUAAAAGAUAUAAAGGUCUAAUAGAGGUAAAAGCAAUUAAUUUGAAAAUUUUGAAUUUCUUUUUGCAUCAUUGAGUCACUUUGUAACUAACAAAUAACAAAGAAAAAAUCAUGUUUAAAUACCGGGUAGUUGUAUAUUUUCUAAACAUAUUUUGUAGUUUAACCCAUUAAAACUUAUUUUAAAGUGCUAUGCAUCCAGAUUUUGUUUAAACAAUGGGAUGGUUAUGAACUGUUUGUUUAUCCAUACACAUUGUACUUACUUUGAUUCAUUAAUAAAGGAAACUUUUGUAUACCAUUGUCA